CAGAUGACCCAUCUGGCCCUGGGAAGAGAGGAAUGCUCUCACUUCCACCAGCCCUGGGGAACGCUGAACUGAGUGGACUGGGCAGCUGAGAGUGAGGUCGCUUGCAGGGCCACCAAAGGGAAAGUUUAGGCAGGGACUUAGGAAUGUGGGCAGUGGGGGCUGGGCCUGGCCCAGAGGCUGAAGCCAGCAGCAAGCUGCAGAGCCAGAAGCCCUGGGCUCUUCGGGGGUAGAAAGGGGACCCAUUGAGCCAAGGAGAAGUGGUCCAGGACCUUGACCUAGCCUGUAGCAAGAGUAGAGAGACAGCGCUAGGGGACAGGAGGCUCCUCCUUCCUCCUGUAUAUCCAUUCCAGCCAUGUCUCAGCAUAGGGGACACAGGAGGAGGCCCGGGACCCCAGGGCCUCCCGUGCGCAGCAUCCGGCCCUUCAAGUCCAGCGAGCAGUACCUGGAGGCCAUGAAGGAAGACCUGGCUGAGUGGCUUCGGGAUCUGUAUGGGUUGGACAUUGAUGCAGCCAACUUCCUGCAGGUGCUGGAGACUGGCCUGGUGCUGUGCCGGCAUGCCAACACCGUCACAGAGGCUGCUCUGGCCUUCCUAGCUAAGGCACCUGACCGAGCUCAAAAGAUUCCCAUGCCCCAGACUGGCGUUUUCUGCAAUGGGGCUGCUCAGCCGGGCACUUUCCAGGCCAGGGACAACAUCUCCAACUUCAUCCAGUGGUGUCGCAAGGAGAUGGGCAUCCAAGAGGUGCUGAUGUUCGAGACAGAGGACCUGGUGCUACGCAAGAACGUGAAGAGCGUGCUGUUGUGCCUGCUGGAGCUGGGUCGCCGCGCCUGGCGUUUCGGUGUGGCGGCGCCGGCCCUGGUGCAUCUAGAAGAGGAGAUUGAUGAGGAGCUGCGGCGUGAGCUGGCCCUGCCCUCGCCGGAUCCUCCACCACCCGCACCCCCUGUCCGUAGGCCUUGCCACUUCCACAACCUGGACCAGAUGGUGCAGAAGCUCGUGAGCCAUUGCACAUGCCCAGUGCAAUUCUCCAUGGUCAAGAUAUCUGAGGGGAAGUACCGAGUAGGGGACUCCAACACUCUCAUCUUCAUCAGGAUCCUCCGGAGCCACGUGAUGGUGCGUGUUGGGGGCGGCUGGGACACGCUGGGCCAUUAUUUGGACAAACAUGACCCCUGCCGGUGUACGUCCCUCUCCCACAAACCAGGCAGCUUCCUGAAGCCCCCAGGGCCACCAGUGCAGCAUGAAGUGAAGGUGCAGGAUGGACCCUCACAGCCCCAGCCUACCAUGACCAUCAGCCGCUCACAGAGCCCACUGCCUCCAGUGGAUUGGAGGACAUACACCUCUUCUAGCCGAAAGCUGAGGCCCCCCACUCCCUCUUCUCCCCGACCCUGUGGUCAACGGGGAGCAGGGGCCAGGACCCUCAGAGAGACAGCCCCAUCACUAAGGUCGCAAGAGAGGCCAAUGACCCCAUCUCAGAGAAUGUUGUCACCCGGCCCCCAAUUCUCAUCUAUCUGUAGGAGCCCAGACCUACAGAGUACCCUGUCAGGAAAGAGAGAGAAUAGGUACCCAGGUGAACUGCCCAGAGGAAGGACUCCCACAUCUUGGGUUCACAAGGGAACAGAUAGCCAAGGAACACAUACCAAGGCCCUCACCUCCCAGAGGCUCCAAAGCCCUGAGGCCAUCAGUAAAGGGACAUCAGCAAGAGGACCAUCUCCCCCACCUCGUUCCUCCAGCCUAGCCAAUCCUCACAGUAUCUGGCUCCUGCAUUGGGGUGCUUCCCCACAGCCCAGAGAAUCCAUGCCUGUUCAAUCCCCACCUCCCAUCAAAGGGUUCACCAAGAUCCCCAUCCGGCUGUCCCCUGCCCGACCCCCAACUCCAAGAAGUUUUUUGGGUAAUGAAAGUGGAGGUUCCAUGGAGAGAGGAUCCAUCCCAUCAAAGGCUCUCACAGGGAACCUGGAUAUAUCCACACACGGGCAUCACUCUGUGGAAGCAAGCCAUGGGGACCACCAGAUGGACAUCCAGAUUACUUCAAAGACUGAGGAUCCCAAGAGCUUGGGCACACACAAGUGGAAGGAAAGGCACACCCCUCUAUCCUUGGGCAGGACCAGAGGGCAAGCCCUGUACCAUAGCCUCGAAGAGGAGAUUGUGGCCAACAUGAAACUGCUGGAGGUGGGGGCUGCCUGUAAUCAGGGUACAAGGCCUCAAGUCAUCCCUCGAAGUGGAGUCUAUGUUCCCAGCCUGGGUGGGAGGUGGCCUGAAUCUGGGAGUCCUUAUGAUAAUGUCAUCCAAGAACUGGUUCAGAGGCCCCCACCUCUCCUUAAAGUGGAUCUGAAAGCCUGGAAGGUAGGCUCUGAAGCCCCCCCUAAGCCAGAUGUGGGCCCAAGAAGCCCCAAAGAGAAGCCAAGAUCCAGAGAGAGUGGGCCAAGGAUAAAGGCAAGCCUGACUGCCAAGACCUCAGUGAGGACUGUGUCAUCCACUAGAGGGAAGGACUGCUCCACUCUGACUGUGCCUGCCACCCUGGAGGCUCCCACACAUUCAUGCUCAGACCCCAGUUCUGACAAAGCCAGGGUAUGUCUGGGUAAGAGCAAAAGAACACUCCGGAAGCCCCAGAAGAUCCCAUCCAUUUACAAGCUGAAGCUGAGACCCAGAAUCCGUCCCCGCAGGGACCACAGGCCUGAGAAAAGACCUUCCAGAAUUCCCAGACCACUGGCCUACCUCUGCCUGGGUCCAGCCAAGGCAGCUCCUGGAAGCAGGCUAUUGAAAGCUACUUUGGGUGGCAAGGGAGGGGGCACCUGCCAGGCGGAUCAAGCUGGUGAAAAGAAGGAGAAAGAGAAGGAAAAAGAAGCCAGCAUCUCAUUGGAGAACAGCUCCCAGGUGUCAGCGAGCCAGGAGCCUCUGCACCUUGAUGGAGCUCCACUUCCACCUGAGGAAGAAUCUUGGGUCUGAAGAGCAGAUGGGGAGGGCCACAGCAAAACGUAUGCAGUGCAAAACAUGCGUGAGGAAGUACAGUCCCUCACCCAGCACAGGGCCUUGGCCAGGAGUGGGCUUGAAGACUUCCAUCUCUUCAGCUGAGCAAAAGGGCAGCCCACACCUUCCACUGCAAGUCAGCAUCAGGCCAGCAGCAGUGGGGAGGACCCAUAUCUUAUUCUUGCCCUUAAGAGCAGCUCCUCGGCCUCUGGACAUUUUCACAGCUGUA